AUGCUAGAAUUCUAAAUUAAGGCAUAAAUUCACCAUUAGUGUAAUUCAGAUUCUACUUUUGAUUCGAUAUCAAAAUUCUUUAAGGUUACUGGUGCAUUAAGAGAUGGUCGUAAAAUCGCUCUAUCUGAUUUUAUUCAAUAUGAUAAAGAAUUUUAAUUCAUUACUUAUAAUUUACAGAGAGAUUUACAUAUGUCUUUAUAAGAGCUUUAUGAAUAUUCAGAUUAAAAAGAAUUUAAGUACUAUAUAAAUUAGAGUUAAGAAAUACUAAAAUUACAAAAUAAAAAAUUUUAAGAUAAUGAUUUACAUAAUACUUUGUCUAUAAAGAAUUUAGAUUCCUCAAAAAUUUGGUUUGAAUUUAACAAAAAGAGUGUUAUAGAUGUAUAUAUACUAAAUUUUGUGCCUUUUGCAAAUGAUGGCAAGACUAUAGAAGAUAUAUUAAAUUACUUUGAUUAUUUAUUAUAAAUAAAACUUGAGGGAAAGAAAAAAACAAAAGCAAAUAAAAAUGAUGUUUAAAAAAUGAACCAAGAUUAUGAAUCUAUUAAAUAACAACCAUAUUCAAUUAGGACUCUAGAGAUGAAUUACUUAAAUAAAGCAGUAAACUCAUUAUAUUUAGGCAUUUCAGAUUUAAAUAGAAAAAUAGAGUUUAAAGACUAUUUUUAAUUUAUUGUGUAAAAUUCUAAAAAAUAAAUUACUAAGAUAAUUGAAUAACUAAAACCAAUAUAAAAAUAAAAUGAUCCAGUAAAGCUUUUAAAUUAAUUACAAGAAAUUAUUAAUAAUAAAAAUGGAUCUGAGGAAAAAUUAGAAUUUAUUAUUACAAAAUUAAUUUAGAAGUAUAAUCUAUUUGAUGAAUUCUUCCUCAAAAAUUAUGAUGAUAAUAAUUAAAUUAUAAAAAUUAUUAAACAUUAUCUAAGAGAGUAAAUAUAUAACUGUAUUUAAGAAGAAAAUUAAUAAAUCAUUCCAUAUGAUAAAAUUAUGAUUUAUUUAGUAAUUUUAAAUUAAAAAAAAUCACUAGCAGACUUGGAAAAUUAAAUUAAAUUAAUGUUUUCAUAUACUAAUGAAAGAUUAGCUAUAUUUAAGCAUGAAUGGUCUGGUAAAAUAAUAUCAGAUUAAGAAAUACUAAAUUAAUUUCUUAUUAUACAAACAAAAAUCCUUUAGAGUAAAAAGUGUAAGAUAAUUAAUAAGAAUUUGUUUCAUUAAACUAUAAUUUAAUUAUAAACUUACAAAGAGAGAGUGUAAUCUCUUAAGAGUGGACUUGAUACUUUAAAAUAGCAUUUCUAAGUUGAUAAUGGCACACUAGCUAAAGACUAUUUUAAGUAAUAUUAAUCUUAUAUGAUGAAAAAUUAAAAUAAUUUAGUAAAUGAAGAUAAUAUCAUAAGUACAUUAUUUUUAGACUUGGUAAACCAAUAAUUAAAUACAAUAAUAAAUACUUAGAACAAUUUUUGA